CUUCGUCGACUUCUUCCCCCCAACCGUCUCUCCCCUCCCUCCCCUCCUGCCUCUGCCUCAAAGCCCCGUCCGUCUCAUGCCUUGACAACGCCAUUGGCAGCUUGCCUGUUGGUGAAGAGCAGGGGGAGCGAGAGGAAGGGGGCUAGGACUAGGAGGGAGGAGGUCGCGGGAGGAGGGGGAAGAAGAUGUUUGAUAGCUUGCUCAACUCCAAGUUCUACAACAAAUGCAAGUACGCGUUCAAAUGCAUCCGGACGCGGAUGGCUCCCAUACGGCGGAAGAAGCACGCCAUGAUUCGGUUCUUGAAGAAGGACGUCGCCGACCUCCUCGCCAAUGGCCUCGACACCCACGCCUUCGGACGGAUGGAUGGGCUGAUAGUUGAGUUGAACCAUGCCUCUUGCUAUGAUAUGAUCGAGGAGUUCUGUGAUUCCAUCGGGAAGCAACUUGGCAGCCUUCAGAAGCAGAGGGAAUGUCCCCCAGAAACCAGAGAAGCCGUGUCAACUCUGAUUUUUGCUGCUGCUCGGUUUCCUGAUCUGCCUGAACUGUGCGACCUGAGGCACAUAUUCACAGAGAGAUAUGGCAACUUUGUUGAUCCUUUUGUUAGCCUCGAGUUUGUUCGGAAACUUGACAGUAUAGAGUUCACUAAUGAGGAAAAGUUGCAAGUUAUGCAAAGUAUUGCUGAAGAACUAUCCGUCAGUUUUGAUGCCAAGGAAUUGAAACUCAAGUUAUGGACAAUGCCAAACACUGAACAUGAUAUGCUUGAGAAGGGUUCAAGGAAUCCAGCGGAGCUAGCAAUGCCUUUAUCCAACAAGCAAAAGUGUGGUGAGGAUGCUCCAUAUGGAAAACAAGAUAAGGAUAUGCUUGAGAAUGGUUCAAUCAAGCCAGCAGAACUACCAAUGCCUUUAUCCAACAAGCAGAAGGGUAAUGAGGAUGCUCCAUGUGAAAGGCAAAAUAAGAAUAUGCUUGAGAAGGGUUCAAGGAAGCAAGCAGAACAAACAAUACCUUCAUCCAACAAGCAGAAGUGCAAUGAGGAUGUUCCAUAUGGAAGACAAGAUGAGGAUAUGCUUGAGAAUGGUUCAAUCAAGCCAGCAGAACUAGCAACACCUUUAUCCAACAAGCAGAAGGGUAAAGGGGAUGCUCCAUGUGAAAGAAAACAUGGUGCUAAACCUGCAUGUCGUACUGAGAAAGUGGAAAUACAGCUGAACCGAAAAGAUAUUCAUGCUGUUGCUGAUGGCAUUAGUCUAAUUGAUGAGAAUUCCAGGAAGCAGCAAUCUGAUAAAUCUGGUGAGAAGGAGCAUUUGCUGAAAUCAGUAUCUCCAAUCGACACUAACAGAAGGAACACCCAAAAAGAUGUUAAGAAGCUUAACAGAAGAGAUGGCCGCCCUUCUGAAAAGGAGCUGAUGGAAGCAGUGGAGCUUGAUCUCAAUGGCCUACCUAAGAAGGGAUUUGGUGCAGUCAAAUUUCCUGAAACAGAAAGCAACAUUACAGUUCAUCUAAAUGCUAGGUCAAAGGAGGCUGUGAAAGAAAACUGUGUUGAAAAAGAGCAUGAGGAAGCUGUUCGUCACCACCACUUGUCACGACCUGCUGGUCCUGAUCUCAGCAGGAAACAUGCAGAUCCAGUGCUAAGAGCUCAGCGUCCGGAGAAUCAAGGAUGUCCAGUGAGUCCGUUGAAUGGUAACAGAAACAAGGGUCCUCCUUAUGCUAAGACGAAUGGGGCAAAUUUGAAGAAUCCUUCUGAAAAACAAGCAAACAAUGGUUUGUUGUAUGACAAACCCCAGCAUUUCACUGAUCUGGGAAAUGUGGUGCCAAAAGGACAAGGAGUGACUGGCAGGGCAACAACUAUGCGACCUCCUUAUGUUAAACCAAAAUCUAACAUGCAGCCUGUAAAUUGUGAUCCUGAAAAGCAAACUCCAAGUGAUUGCAGCAAGCACAUCUCUGGACAAAUUGAUCACAUGGACAACAAAGAUGUGCUUCGGCCUGUUUCUGUCAGAAGGAGAACAGCAAAGCCGCCAGCUCCUGUUAAUGCUUAUGGUGAGGCGCCUAACCAAACACCCAGCAGUCACAGAAGCCACUCUAGCAGGCAGACAGGUGCUGAAUACGACCAUAACCCAAAUGGCAAUGGGACUGCUGAUGAGAGAACUACUAGUAGCCGACCAAAGCACACAGGCAGAAAGAAUGGAGCCUUGAACCACAACUGUGACUAUGACAGGUUCAUGCAGCGUAGGCAACCAGAAGCAGAUGAUUCUGCUAUUGAUUUUGGUAAUCUCUUGCCUCGAAACGCAAAUGGACAGAGGAGACAUAAGAGCAGAGGCCACGGAGACCUUGAUGAGGAGGAAAGGAUGAUGGACAAGCUCCUGAUUCAUUAUAGCAAGAAAGGUUUGGAUCCAACUAACAAAUCUGAUAAUGACAAAGAAGCACAAAUUGAUUCCCAGCAAAAGAUUUCCUUACAUCCUCCCGGUAGAGCUAUCUCACUACCGCCUGAACCCAUUGGCCCCGGCGAAGAAGUUAAGAUUCCUGCUCGGUCAACCUCGCUGCAGCCAGACGGUCCUAGGGGUGUGCGUGUGCACCCCAAAAUGCCAGACUUUGAUGAACUGGCUGCCCGGGUCAAUGCUCUGAGGAAGGCUUGAGGUGGCUUAAGAUUGCCUUUGGCUUGUGUGCACGUUCUUUCAGCUGAAGAGUUGAUACUUUGUUGACAGUUACUUGCAAGUCACGACCAUCGAGUCAUUCUGUAUGUGCAGUUCCUAUAAGAGAUUAAACGGAUUGUGUAUGCAUUUUUCUCUUUUGAUUUUUGUGUUAGAUUUUUCUAUAGUGCCCUUGCUAUAGGUUUUCCUUGGCACCAGGUGUUUGUGCAGAAUAGGAGCACUGGUUUGAGGAUUAACACGAUACAUACAGUUGAUAGGGAGUUCCAUUGGUUAUUCUUUAUUUGAUUGUUAGGGGUUGGAUUGGAUAUACUGUAUCCUCACAUUCGGUGUACUAAUUCACAAAUUCAUAUGAUGGGAUGUCUGUAAAUGUUGUUGAUUAAGUUUCAUUGAUUCUCUCUC